UGCGGGUUGUGUAGACAAACAACAUUCCUCUUCUACAUUUUAGGAAAUUGAAAGGAGCGUCAUUGCCGAGAAAGAAAAAAAAAAGUUCUGUAUUUAACAAAAACAAAGGGUGUGAAACUUUGCUGGAUUGUUACUGACUCGAUCACGUACAAGUUGCAGGAUGUCUCUGGCAGUGUCUCAUGGCGAGGGGGUGACAGUGAUCACCAUCACCUCAAACACCCACAGCAAAUGGCCGAUACUGUGUCAGAUCGUGGGCUCUUUGUGCCACAGUCCAGUGUGUGCUGUAUCACAGCAUGUGAAAGCGAAGAUGAUGGGCAUCUAUAUGGCACUUGGGAUUAUGCAGAUUAUAGUAGGACUGCUCAAUCUCAUGACAGGGAUUUUAUUUAUAAGCUCUGGAAUACACGACUACAUUAUGAUGUGUAAUGCUCCAUUCUGGCUUGGGGGUGUGUUCCUUGUAGUUGGAGUGGUGUCUAUUGUUGCAGCUUGGUUUCCAAGCUAUUUUCUGCUGCUCGUCACUGUGGUGUUGAACAAAGUCAGUGCUCUGCUGGCUAUGAUAGGCCUUGCACUGUAUGCAUGGGACUUAAUGAGCUUUACGGUUGUUAUGCACUAUAACGAAAUGAACUAUGACAAGAUGAUCCGUGAAACACUGGAUAUCACUAUGAUGAUCUUUUCAGCUCUUCAGCUCUGUGCGACCCUCAGUUUCUCUGUCUUAACUCUGAAAGAAUUAUGUGAGACAAAUUCUGUGGAGGACCCUCAACUUUACAAACCACUCAAAGAAGAGCUCACUGUCAGUCAUGUAUGUUAGACAGACAAUGUAAAAAAUGAAAUAUGCAUUGUUAAUUGAACUAGCUUUGUGAUUAUAGAAGUACACUUUUUCUCUCUCUUGUGAAAUAGCAAAUAUCUUCUAUCUGCAACUCCACAAUCAUCGUGGUACAUGUUUAUCUUUGGUCUUGAUUAUUUUAUUUUUUUUUUCCUUUAGCUGCUUUUUGAAAAUAAUGACUGGAAUUAAAAUUUAAUGUUGAUACAUUUUUAACACCAAGUUUAUAUUCUUUACACAUUCAGUUCAUUUAAAAUCUUCAUUUCUCAUAAGGGACCUUCAUCAAAGCUUCUUUCGGGAGGCUUAGCCUUAGAUGCAUUGGAUUGCCUAAAGACUAAAGACCAUUUACUGUGUAUUGGGCAAAAAGAUAAUAAUAAAUAAAAGAUUUUAUCAUGCAUCAUGCACAUGGUCUCCUCUUCUCAGCACAACUUGUAUAUUAUGUGAUGCAUGUUUACGCAGAGAAACAAUUUAACUUGAGUUUGAACAAACAAAAGUCAGUUCAGCUGUCAUAAAUAGCAAUAAAACAAACCAGUGAUGUGGAACGUGUUUACUUGUAGCAUCCAUGUGUUUUCUGAAAUCAUAGU